AUGUUUCUCAAGGCUUAUCGGGUCAAGUCCAAUAUCCAGAUGAAAGGCUCGGAUAAGAAGAAGUUCAAGGCCGAAUUGCGUAAAAAGUUCCCGCUCCUGACGGAAGAGAGGCUCAACGAGCUCCUGCCUACCAAGGACGAGGUCGUCUUGAGCAAGAUCUACACCUUUAACGGCGAUUCUGUGCUGGUGUAUACCCACCAAAAGAACCCGUUAUUUUUCGAACUCGAGAAAGAUAAAGUCAUCUUUCCCACCGUUUACACCUUGUGGAAAUACCCUGACCUUCUGCCCAGUUUUCCCACUUGGCCUCUGGUCCUGCCCAAGAUCGCCAAUGGGGCCGAUCUCAUGAUUCCCGGCAUUGUCGUCGAUUACGAACGCGGUGACAAAGCCUAUCUGAACGGCAAAUUAAAACGUGAUGACGCGGUCUACGUGAACCUGACCAAUAAUCGAGCGGCCGUGGCGGUGGGCGUAUCCUAUCAUUCAAGUGAAGAUCUCUACAUGGCUGGCAGGCGUGGAAAAGGGCUCAAGAUUCUACAUUUCGCUGGGGAUAAGUUGUGGGAGUCGGGCAGCAAAGUGCCAUUGCCCACCAUGAAUCCUCCUGAUGGGUUGGAUUUUAUCAAUCAUACGGAAGAAAACCAAUAUGUGUCGGAUGACGAAAACGACCCAGCUGAAGAGAUUGAGUCGGUCCAAGACGAUCGUGUUGAGGAAGUGGUGGAAGGUGCCAAAGAUUUGCAAGUCCAAGAUGUCCCCGAAGUCGAAGAAGACCCUAGAAGCCCUCAAGAGAUUAUGGAUGAACUCCUAGAAAACGCGUUUCUCCAAGCCUGGAAGACUAGUGCCAAGAAAGCCGAACUUCCCAUGUUGACCAGCAAUUUCUUCCGUGUUCAUAUGGUUUCCCAGUGCCCCAAGGGUAAAUCUUUGGACGUGAAGAAAUCUUCCUACAAGAAACUUUCCAAAUUUCUCUCGGAAAAGUCAAAAGAGGGACUCAUCACCGUGAAAGAACUCACCAAAGGAGUUGAAAGCAUCACCGACGUCAAGCGUGAUCAUGAGAAAAUUCAACACUUCAGAGUGAUCAAAGUCGUAAAAGAUGAAGAACCCGAAGAAGAGGUUCUGCCCUGUGAUAUGAAGUACGAACCGCCCGAAAUCACGGAACUGUUCAUCGUUAGUGGCCCCGUACAGGCCAUUUUCAAGCCUUUGGGUAUCCCCAAAGGACGGGGCCUCACCGGGCCUCAAGUGCGCGAAGAAGUGAAACGAUACGUACUCGAGAACGACAUGCAAGACCCAGAGCGAAAGAGCUUAGUCAAGUUGAAUCCCGAGAUGGCCGGCGUCGUUCUUGGCAAGGGUGAAAAUGGAGUGUUUUCCCUCAAAUGGGACGAUCUCCACUCGCGUAUUCAAGCGAAAAUGUCGAACGGAUUCAGCCUACGAUUCCCCGGAGAGGCUGAAUCGAAAGUAUCCAAAGGAGCUUUGGAACCCAUAGAAAUAACUACUGCCACACGAUCGGGAAACAAGAAGGUGACACUGGUGCACAGAUUGGAGCUGUUUCGAAUCAGCCCCAAGGAGUUUGCUCAAAAACUGCAAGUGGGUGUGGCAGCUAGCACAAGCGUUCAUGAAGCACCCAAUCAGAAACCUGGAGCAGUGGAAGUUCUUGUCCAAGGAAACCAGACUAGCUUUAUCUCUAAGCUAUUGCUCCAAGAAUACAAAAUCCCACGGAAAUAUGUGAAAGAGCAAGAAGUAGUCAAAAAGAAGAAAGGCAAGAAUCCUCCUAAAUAAAAGGAAUAUUGACCCGCGACCAA